GUCCUCUAACCCAACCUGAACGUGUGCAACAAACAGAUUUAGCUAGCACACUGGCAGUAGGCCUUGGUCUACCAAUUUCAAGAAACAGUGUUGGGAACCUUAUAUUGCCAGUUGUUGGAGGCAAGACAAUGAGAGAACAGCUACGUUUUGUGCACUUGAAUGGGUUCCAGCUUAGCAGAUUGCUGCAAGAGAAUACACCUGCAUAUGAAAAAGAUCCUGGAUAUGAACAUUUUAAGACAGCAGAAAAAUCCCACGGUAAUUGGAUCAAACUGUAUUUAGAGGGAAAUAAUUCAGAAAUACUCUUAAAUCUUGGCAAAAAGGUCCUGAAGCAAUACUUGGAGGCGCUGAAGACUCUGAGUUCUUCACUAAGCAAACAAGUGGCACAAUAUGACAUGUAUUCAAUGAUGGUUGGGACUGUGAUCAUUAUGGAG